AUGACAACCACCCCGCAAUCUCCCGUUGACUUUCUCGACACGGGGAGUGAGAAGCUAGCUGCCAGAAGCCCCCAUUUUCCCGCUGUCGCCAGUUGUUCCCACCCUCUCUCUCAGUCUGAGUCAAGGCCUUUCACAUCCAUGGAGAUAGACUUUUUCCCUGAACUUGGCCAUUAUCGUCAAUCCAUGGCUGCCUUGCGCUUCAAACAAUUGCAGCUCCCACAGACUGGCUCAUCCCAGACACCAGUCCAAAAAUACGUGGAACCCGUGCUAGAUUUCUUCAAACGGGAAAUGAUUCCAAGGCGCUCUGCGUACCCCUCGAUCUCUUUUGAAUGUCAUACCUCGUUUGACCGUGAUGUUGUGCAUGUGUAUCAUAGCCGGCCACGGUGGACGGAGAGGAAGCUCUUCAUGAUCAUCAUAUUCCAGCGCGAGGAAACUAUUUGUUGGCAUGGUUUUGCCAGUGACGUCAUCCACUGCUCGACCUGUCUUGCGUUAUUGACCGAGUGGAACGAACUGCUGAAGCUGCAACGGCCAGAAUAUAUCCUCGUUACCGAUGAGUACAAGGCAACUAUUGUGGACUCUAUCGACGUACUCAUAAUCUAUUGCGUUCAACGCAUGAUCUUCGAUGUGGCUUCCGGCCCGCAUUCACUUCGAAACCUUGUCAACUUCCUUCUGCUCCAACCUUCGUUUCGCAAGUUCGAUGGAUUACCAUGGUACAGACCGGUCCAUGGCGCGCUGAACGACAACACGCACCCUGUGGCCCCCACGAUGGAUCCUCUCAACUUCCAGCACUUCGACCGUUAUACCCUCCAGCGAAGUCUACCAGAACUCCAAGCUUUUCUGUCUUUCAAAGAGGAGGCCGCGCAACGGUGUUUUGCCCAUCCUCUUGACUGUGGAGCAACAUUACAAGUCAAAGUCGACGCGUUUGCAAAGCAGGAGCGACCUUGGAGAAGUCCGUUUCCUUCCCCCGAAGUACCCCGUUAUACGUACAAAUACGUCACCCGCGCGAGCCGUCCACGUGCCUCCUGCAUAGACGACAUUUUGGCAGGGCCAGCGGUGACUUUCAAGAUCACAACGGUCGUUCGUCACAAGCCCGACGCGUUUUCACAGGUCUUCUUUGGCGUUCUACUAACCGAGGAUGGUCAAGUCUCGCCUCCCGUCUGCCUCAAGCUUUUUUGGGGCAUAUUGUUUCCUGCUGAUAGCAAGUUCCUCCUUGAAGACUUUGAAUAUGUAGCAAAUCCAUCGUUCCGACUGCGAUCGCUGCAUUCUGCUCUAGACCUCGUGCAGAGAGAAGAAUCUGUCUAUCACCGUUUGCAACAGUAUCAGGGCUCAAUGCUACCGCAUUCGUAUGGGUUGCAUCAAUUUAGUCUAGAGAACGGAUCUGUUGCUUAUGGUGCACUCCUCGAGGUCAUUCCUGGCACGCCCCUCUCCGAUGUUCAAGUCUCUGAUUGGAGUGUGGGGACUCAAACUGCAUUUGUGCAGCAUGUCCGCGAGUGUUUGCGCGCCCUUCUUUACGCAGGCGUGGACCAGGGCGACUUCCACGGCGGCCAGAUACUCAUGCCCAAUGGCCCGGGCUACUCUCCCGAUCGCGACGGACUUGUGCUGAUCGACUUUGCGUUUACAGUCCAGCGGCUGGGCGACGAGCAGGCGCCGGGCGUUGUGGCUACGCUGUUGGAGCGGGGCAAUUUGGUCCUCGACAGGCUUCUCAAUUGCGUCGGGAUAGCCUCCGACAUCAUUGGCCCCCGAUUUGAGGAUCUGGAUAUCAACGAGUAUUGA